UGCUUAAAGUUUUUCGGGGAGUGGGGACUAUUUCUUUCAAAACCCAUUUCUUGGCAAAGUUGUCUAAUAAAAAUUAAAACUUGCUCUCUGUAUUUUAUAAUGACAGUAAGUCCCCAAAAAAAUUUGCCACAGUUUUUAAUAACCCAUCCUACUGAUCUAUCAAAACUUUUAGUUGGUUACAGUUGCUUGCUUAGAGAAUUUAACCUGAGUUCUUUUAACUAUAAGGAAAUUGUUGCCCAAACGUUUAAACAAGAUAAAAGGAAUUUUGGCUUGUUGGUUUGUGCUUGCUACUCAAAUAGUGGCGACCAAGUCGCUAUAGUGAAUAACCUUAAAGAGUUGUUAGUAUAUAGUAUAUCAAACAUGGAUCUUGUUCUCAACCUAUUUUUUGCACUUUUGUUCAGAGUUUUACCCCGAAGUGGCGUUAAGGUCUGCUUUUCGAAAGACAACAAAAGCAUUCUUGUCGCGGAUAAGGCUGGACAUGUCAUAAAUUAUUGUAUUGAGAAAACGGAAAUAACGCAAAAAAUUCUAGUUGACACCCUUUCGACUAUAACUGACAUGUAUCUAUCUGUAAGCAACUAUUUGGCUGUGUGUGACAGGGAAGGUAGGAUCCGCGUUUCUUUCUUUCCUAACGCUUAUCACAUACUAUCCUACUGUAUUGGCCACGAGGGCGCCGUCACAUGCCUUUCUUUUACCAGCUCAGGGCUUCGUCUUUUUUCGGGGUCGAAUGACGGGACUGUCAAGUUGUGGGAUCCAACCAACGGCAAGGAACUCUUUUCACUCGAACCGUUUUCUACCGUGCACAAGCACAAAGUUUGCGAUUUGCAGUGUUCAGCCUCACAGCAUGUCUGUGUGUGUUAUGAAGGUCUUAGUGUUGCUGAGGUCUACAAGUACAGCCUAACAACUGAAGGCUUGGAGACCCUUGUUUGCAAUAUGUUUAUGUGUGUUACACUUAUACUUAAUAUAUUCCAGCUACAUGUGCAGAGCAUUAACACCAAUAGCGAGGUUCUCCAAACUGUCUUUGAUGUUGAAAAUACACUCUAUAUUCUAGAACGCUGUCCCCCGUACAUCACUUCUUAUCAGUUUUUGGAAGGAUUCUUUUCAGAGAGCAGCAGUGAAUAUCUUGCAACUGAUUGCUAUCUUUCAGAUCUUCAAUAAACUUUAAAACCAGCCGAAAAAGGUAUAUAUUUGUACGUUCUAUAGAGGUAUCUCUAUCAGAGCGUGUAACCUAAAAUGUGGUUAAUGUACGUUUAAGUUGAUACCCACAGUGAACACACUCGCAUACCGAAGCCGUUCACUUACAGCUCACCCGUGAAUCUUUGAUAAUAUGCAUUUGUUACAAUUGUCUCUCUGUAGAUAACUAGACUAACUUCUGGAAAAAGGUUUUUUGAACGUUUGAACGUUUUAGUGACUGAGAAAAUUUGAAUA